GAUAAACCAUCAUGGUCCAUGGACAGGACACUGUUAACCGUUCCACCUUUAACCCAUGGCAAGCAAAAUGCAGCCUAAAGCCCCUAACGGAGAUUCCUUGAUUCUUUCAGAAGGUAAUGGAAGGAAGCCUUUUCUUGGUGUUAAAGGCCAUGGCUAUUGCUGUCAAUUUCUCAGCCCAAGCCUUGAGGCCGAGGACAUUUCCGAGGGCAAUGGCAGACCUUGCCCUUAAUCCCUUCCCUUCCCAAACAUCACACCGACUUGAGCUAAAGAGAACGAAGAAGCAGCCUAAUGGGGUGGCUAUUAAAAAGCAGGAACAAAAUAAACUAACCUACAACCGAGGAGUCUCUUCGGUCAUGUCGUCAUCGAACAGUGAUAUUGAGUCAAUUUUGGGUCAACCUUCUGCAGCUGAUACAAUCAAGGAUUUCUACAUGUGCAUCAAUGAGAAAAAUCUGAAAGGACUUGAGGGUUAUAUCUCAGAAGACUGCUACAUCGAGGACUGCUCUUUCUACAACCCAUUUAACGGAAAAAGGGAGGUUAUUCAUUUCUUCUAUCUGCUCAUGGGAAGCAUGGGUCAAAACAUGAAAUUCAUCAUCGAACACAUUUGCGAAGGAGAUAGUUUUACUGCAGGAGUAAACUGGCAUUUAGAAUGGAAACAGACGCAGAUUCCCUUCACCAGAGGGUGCAGCUUUUACGAAUGCUCGGAAGAAGGGGAAAUAUUAGUUAUAAAGAAAGCUCGGAUCAUUAUCGAGUCACCUCUGAAACCAGGGGGAGUGGUGCUGGUCCUGUUGAAGAACGUGACUACAAUAUUCGACGAGUUCCCGCAGGUUGCCGAAUGGUUCUUGAAGAGUCCGCAUGUGAUAUUACAAUGGUUACUGAAGAUUUACGCAAUAUUCGUGGCACCUUUGAUAAACCCACUAUUGGCAGGCUACGUAAGAAUCGGGAAAUUCAUGGCGGGGUUGUUUGCUUUGGCCAUCAAAAUCGUGGUCUACAUCUCGAGGAUUUUCUCCAGGUAGUGGUAAAUUAAGGGUUCUUUUUCUCACAUCAAAGGCAGCUCUAUCAGAGCAUGACGGCGAGUCCACGUUUCUAAGAAUAAGGUGGCUGUGAUAGAAGGCUUGCUCAAGGCAACAACAUUAUGCUACAAACAAAUACCUACUAUUUCCAUUUGGUAUCACCAGUAAGGCGACUCCAAAUAUAUAUAUAAAGUAAACUUAUGCAUUGUUUGAUUAGGGAUUGGAAAUAAAAUAAAUUUAAACAAUUUAUUCUUUUUAA